UGUGGCAGAGAGGAGCAGGAGACAUAUCGUUGGCUUGGGAACCACUCUUUAGCCUACAGGAAGUUAAUUCAAAGGCAGUUUUUCUCUGUCAGUCACCCUUCUGUUCCGGUUUGGGAGAGCACACUAACGGAAGACAGCGGAGCCCACCAGGAGCAAGGUCCGGAGGCGAGGCGGAGGAAGGACUCUGGGGGACCGACCGGGGCGGGGCUGCAGUCCGCGACUCCAGUUAAGCAACCUGAGCCCUAGCCGAAGGACGCCGCUGGCUGCUGUGCUCCGAGUUCCGCGCGCCGCGAUGGGCCGGGCGAGCUGCUCCGCCGCCCUGCUGCGCGCGCUGCUGGUGCUGCUGGUGCUGCCGCUGCUGCGGACGACACGGGCGCUUGGCCCCCGGAUCAGUGUGCCGCUGGGCUCUGAAGAAAGGCCGAUUCGGAAAUUUGAAGCCGAGAACAUCUCCAACUACACAGCCCUUCUGCUGAGCCAAGAUGGCAAGACGUUGUACGUGGGGGCCCGAGAGGCCCUCUUUGCGCUUAACAGCAACCUUAGCUUCCUGCCCGGCGGAGAGUACCAAGAGCUGCUAUGGCGAGCAGAUGCUGACAGGAAGCAGCAGUGCAGCUUCAAGGGCAAGGACCUGAAGCGAGACUGUCAAAACUACAUCAAGAUCCUUCUGCCACUCAACAGCAGCCACCUGCUCACCUGUGGCACGGCAGCCUUCAGCCCCCUGUGUGCCUACAUUAACAUAGCGAGCUUCACGUUAGCACAAGAUGAGGCCGGCAGUGUCCUCUUGGAGGAUGGCAAGGGCCGUUGUCCCUUUGACCCCAACUUCAAAUCCACGGCCCUUGUGGUUGAUGGUGAGCUGUACACUGGAACAGUCAGUAGCUUCCAGGGAAACGACCCAGCCAUCUCCCGGAGCCAGAGUUCCCGCCCCACCAAGACUGAGAGCUCCCUCAACUGGUUACAAGACCCUGCCUUUGUGGCCUCAGCCUACGUUCCUGAGAGCCUGGGCAGCCCAAUCGGUGAUGACGAUAAAAUCUACUUCUUCUUCAGUGAGACUGGCCAAGAAUUUGAGUUCUUUGAGAACACCAUUGUGUCCCGAGUUGCUCGAGUCUGUAAGGGCGACGAGGGUGGAGAGCGGGUACUGCAGCAGCGCUGGACCUCCUUCCUCAAGGCUCAGCUCCUGUGCUCCCGGCCCGAUGAUGGCUUCCCCUUUAACGUGCUACAAGAUGUCUUCACUCUGAGCCCCAGCCCCCAGGACUGGCACAAGACUCUUUUCUAUGGGGUCUUCACCUCCCAGUGGCACAGAGGGACCACAGAGGGCUCUGCCAUCUGUGUCUUCACCAUGAAUGAUGUGCAGAAGGCCUUUGAUGGCCUGUACAAGAAAGUGAACAGAGAGACACAGCAGUGGUAUACUGAGACACACCCGGUGCCCACGCCCCGGCCUGGAGCGUGCAUCACCAACAGUGCCCGGGAACGGAAGAUCAGCUCGUCCCUGCAACUCCCAGACCGAGUGCUGAACUUCCUCAAGGACCACUUCUUAAUGGACGGGCAGGUCCGCAGCCGCUUACUGCUGCUGCAGCCACAAGCCCGUUACCAGCGUGUGGCUGUGCACCGAGUACCUGGCCUGCACAACACUUACGAUGUCCUCUUUCUGGGCACUGGCGACGGCCGCCUGCACAAGGCGGUGACCCUGGGCUCCAGGGUGCACAUCAUUGAGGAGCUGCAGGUCUUCCCUCAAGGCCAGCCUGUGCAGAACCUGCUCUUGGACAGCCAUGGGGGGCUGUUGUAUGCUUCCUCCCAUUCCGGCGUGGUGCAAGUGCCAGUAGCCAACUGCAGCCUGUACCCAAGCUGCGGAGACUGCCUUCUGGCCCGAGACCCCUACUGUGCCUGGAGCGGCUCUAGCUGCAGACCCGUCAGCCUCUACCAGCCUGAUCUGGCCUCCAGGCCAUGGAUCCAGGACAUUGAGGGAGCCAAUGCCAAGGAUCUCUGCAAUGCUUCCUCAGCCAGGGCCCGGAUUUUGGUGCCACCAGGCAAGCCCUGUAAACAAGUCCAGAUCCAGCCGAACACAGUGAACACCCUGGCAUGCCCACUCCUCUCCAACCUGGCCACUCGGCUCUGGUUAUACAACGGGAACCCUGUCAAUGCCUCUGCCUCUUGUCGUGUGUUGCCCACUGGCGACCUGCUCUUGGUGGGCAGCCAGCAGAGGUUGGGGAUGUUCCAGUGUUGGUCAGUAGAAGAAGGAUUCCGGCAGCUGGUGGCCAGCUACUGCCCAGAGGUAAUGGACGAUGGAGUGAUGGACGAAAGGGACCAGCGUGAUGGCGUCCCGGUCAUUAUCAACACGUCACGAGUGAGCGCGCCCGCUGGCGGCAGGGCCAGCUGGGGUGCAGAUAAGUCAUACUGGAAUGAGUUCCUGGUGAUGUGCGUCCUGUUUGGGUCUGCUGUGGUGCUUGUAGUUUUGUUCUUUCUCUACCGAAAUCGGGAUGGCAUGAAGCUUUUCCUGAAGCAGGGCGAAUGUGCCACUGUGUCCCCCAAGACUCGCCCUAUAGUGCUCCCACCUGAGACCCGACCACUCAAUGGUGUGGGCCCUCCUAGCACCCCGCUUGACCACCGAGGCUAUCAGGCCCUGUCGGAUAGCUCCCCCGGGCCCCGAGUCUUCACUGAGUCUGAGAAGAGGCCACUGAGUAUCCAGGACAGCUUUGUGGAGGUGUCGCCCAUGUGUCCCCGGCCCCGAGUUCGACUGGGCUCUGAGAUCCGAGACUCUGUGGUAUGAGAGCUGACUUGAAAUGUGGCCACCCUGGCCUCGGGCUGUGAAUGUUCAGUGGAGGUCAGCUAGACCUCUGCUUCUCACAGAACACAACCAUGGUACCCUGCCUGGGAGGCAGCUGGUAUCACAGCCCCGACAGCCCAGCCAGCUGGUUCCAGUGCCUGGCCGAAGAUGGAUCUGCCUCCAGGGGCCAGAGGGCCUUGUCCGGUGGCAGAACUCUGUUACUUAAACUGAGCCCUUUGUUUUAAAAGACAACCACAAAUGUGAAGCCAGAGCAAGAGGAAGAAGACAGAGACGAGGAGGAAAACGACACAACCACCCCAGCCUGCCUGGAGUCUUGGACACUUAGCCAGAGUGGCUGUAUGAGAUGGAGUUGGGACUCCCUCCCUGACUGGCCUGUCCAACCUUCCGCCUUACUCUGCAGCCUUGGGCUGCCCUUUCUCAGUGCAGAGCAGGGGCCCUGAUCCAGCUCCAGCCAACCAAGGACGCAUCAGUGGCUGCUGACACCCUACCGCCUCAGGGACCCGAGGGCUAGGCUGGCUCUGCAGCCCUCCUCACCGGACCUGGGCCCAGUCCCAGUUCCUGGACUUACCAGGCCUGUAUCAGGCUGUGGCCUCAAGAGAACAAGGGAGUGACCCCAGGGGAGCUGACGAGAGAAGACUGUUGCCUGCUGCCUUUUCCCCAGAGAACCAUGACCCCGCCCACCUCGCCAGCCCUGUCUUCCAGUUCCGCCACAGGGACUGUUGAACUCUUAUCUUCUCCCACUCCUAGGUCACCCUGCCCUGCCUGUCACAAGGGAUACUGCCCAUCACAAGGACCCUGAAUUUACAUGGGUUUUAUAUUUUUUUAAUAAGAUGCACUUUACUUUCUUUUUUAAAUAAAAUCUUGAAGAAUUCUA